AUGGGGCCCAACAGCUAUAUGAAAUACAGCGACUUGCUUCCGCCGGCGGCCGCCCCGUCCGGCGGCGACUCCCAGCUGCUCUCGGAGGAGGCCAGCUUCUUCAGCCAGCCGGCCGAGUCGGCCGCCGGCGGCGCCGCCGCCAAGGUCAUGUCGCGGGACUCCAUCCUGGCGCUGUACGGCCAGUCGGCCGCCGGCGCCGCGCCGCCAGGCGGCGGUGUCCUCGGAGCAUAUGCCGGCAUGCCGCCCGCCAGCUCUGGAGUAGGGUUCCCCCAGCAGCAGCAGCAGCAGCAGCCGCCGGUCGGCUACCCGGCCGCCCAGAGCUUCAGCAUGGGAUACCCGGCGCCGCAGCAGCAGCCGCAGCAGUUUCAGCCACAAGUCGGCGCCUUCCACGCGGCUCCAGUAUCAGUGUGCAUUUGA